GAUAUUGGCCUGAGACUAUAUGAAUGAAUGUCAUCGAAUUGUGGAUAUUGCCCGUGGCACUACCUAAUGAUAAUCGGCUAAGAUUUUUUUUUAUUAAUUUGGUUGAAAAAAAAUCAAAAUUUCAAGAGUGUAGAAAAAAUUUUUUUCUGAAACAACCUUCGUAUAUCAAUCAUCUUAUUGCCAUUGAAAUGAGAGAGAAAAAAUAUAUAUAUUGAUCAUCGAUAAUGAUCAACAGUAUAAAUGAAGAAUUUGAUCCAUAUAUAAAAUGAUGAUGAUUAUAAUGAACGAUAAGAUUUAAUCAAUAAAUCAUUUAGAAGAAAAGUAUUUAUGCGUGCAACAAGUAGCCGAUAUGAAACCAAGUUCAGUAUAGUAGUAUUGGCUUCACAUUUUUUUUUUUUUUAAUUCGGUUCAUCGAAUUCGAUUUUAGCCAUUGUUGAUGGUAUAAAUUUUCUCGUCAAUCAUAUAACGAUUUUCAUUGAUCAACGACAAUUCAUUCUGACAACAUCGGUUCAACAACGGUACUGUUUUUCAAUAGAAAUCAAAAACGAUGUCUUCAUUAUUAUUAUCUCAAUCGAUCAUUUCAAGUACGGAGAAUAGUUUACGAGAAAAGAGUCUUCAACGAAAAAUUCAUCAACAUCAACAUCAACAACAUCUUCAUCCGAAUCAUAUUGGCCGUUAUAAUCCUAAUUUUAGUGUUGAUAAACAUGAUUCAUAUCAAUAUGGCAACAAUCGGCCACGAUUAAUUGUAACCGAUGUUCAUGAUCGUCAAUCUAGUGCUGAUAUUUCUAAAUUUUGUUGGCUAAUAUUCAUUUCCGUUUUGGUACUAAUCUUUUAUCUAUUGAUUUUUUCAUUGAUUUCAUUGAUUUGUUAUGUACUGUUCAUUUGGAUACCGAAUGAUAUUGAACGAAAUAAAUUGAAUAAUGAACUGUAUGAUUCGAUUGUCAUUGGUGAACCACAAAAUAUGUUAUUAGUAGGACAAUUACCACAAUAUGAUAGGAAAUUAUUAUGGACAAAAAAUUUAUAUGUAUUCGAAUCAAAACAAACAGAAGAUUUAAUGAAUUUGGCUACAAAACCAUUGUUAUUACAGAAUAGAUAUCCGGCACUAUUUUGGAAUGAAGAUUUUCGUUCAAUUAUAAUCAAUGAUCAUGUUACCGGUGCAAUAUGGCUAAAUGAUUUAGGUGAUUUGAUUUUUGUAUUCAUGGCACCAUUGAAUGAAACCACCAUUAGUAUUGUACGAUUUCAACCAUCCAUCAAUCAUAUCCGAACAGAUAUACAGACAAUCAAUCCAAACGAAUCAAUUCUACCCAUAUCUUCGAUUGAUCCUGGAACAGAAUUGAGAUUGAUUCAAACAAAAAAUGGAACAUCAAUUAAAGUAUUGAUCAAUCAAGAUAAUAUAGAUCGAUUUCUUUGUUUACAUACCGUUAAUGAAACAUUACGACGAAUUGAUUUAAGUGAACAAAUCUGUCCAAAUAGUUCAAUGCUAUGGCCACAUUUUAAUGUAGGAUACGGAAAUGGUACAUCAUUACAUUUGUUUACCGAACAAAAACAACAAGUAUUGAUUGUACCGGAAAAUGUUCUAUAUCGAUUAGGUGUGGAAUAUCAUUUUGAAUUCAUUGAAAUCUCACAAUUAAUAUCGAAUCGUUUGUUUCCAUUGAUCGGUGAUUGGAUUAUAAUCGCUGUGGCCAGUUCAAUUCUAUUCAUAAUGAUUGUUUUGGUAUUGAAAUAUAUGAUGAUGAAACGUCAUCGACCAAUGAAUAAUAAUAAUGUGUCAUCUUCAUUCAAUAAUGGAUCCGAUGAAACACAUCCAUUAUUGAAUCGUCGAUCGAAUAGAAAUGAUGAUGAAAUGAAUGGAUGUUGUCGAUUCAAAUGGACAAUUUUGAGUUGGUGUCAACAUUGUCAUCAUCAGGAAUCUUGCCAUAGAUUAUCAUCAAACAAUGCCACCAUAACAUCGAACAUACGUUCAUCCGAUCGUCGACAUACUGAACCAGCACAGAAUGCAAAAAAUUAUGUCAAAAUCUAAAUUAUCAUCGUUGAUCAUCAUCAUCAUCAUCAUGUAAUUAUCAUUUUUGUCCGGUUUACUAUGACACAGAUGAAAUUAUGAUGUUCAUCAUUUUUUUUUCUUCAUCGUGCAUUCACACUGACGACCUGAUAAUGGAAUUUUUUUUUCUACUACUUUUGACUGGGUCAUUGAUUUUUUUAAAAAAUAUUUUGUUUGUUUGUUUUGUUUUGUUUUGUUUUCGUUGAACAAAAAUCAAUAAUUGAUGAUCAAUAAUCAUUGAUGAAUAAAUUAAAAUUAUGGGGUCAAAUUCCACAUAUGACAAUGUA